AUGGAUGCUGAAGCCACAUUUCUCUCUCUGCUGUGCACUUUCGGGACCUGGUACAACAGCUCAGGCUCUGCUGAAGGGAGCUCCAAAACGUCAAAUACAACCAACUCCUCCACAGGCAGCCUGGAACGAUUCACUGUGGAGUGGCAGCACUUCAUGCCCCCAUGGCAGAUGAGUCUCCUGCAGAUCUGCCCCAUCCUUUGCUUCCUGGCUGUCCUGCUAGUGAUUCCUCUUAUCUUAGUGAAAGUCUUCUCCAACCCCAGGAUGCGUCAAGAAACUCGCUACCUACUUCUGGCCAACGCCUUGCUGUGUGACCUGAUGUUCAUCUCCUUCUAUAUGCUGACCACCUGCUUCAGUGCCGCUGGAGUGCUCAUGAGCAAGGAGGCCUGUGCGUCACUGCUCUACUUUUUAGGUGUUUUCUAUGGAGCCGGAGUUCUCACCACCAAAGCCAUGGUGCUGGACACCUCCUUGGCUGUGCUGCUGCCUCUCCGGUACUUGUCUCUCUGGCCGGUUUCCAGGACCAAGAAGGCCAUUCUGAUGAUGUGGCUCUCCUCCUUGCUUUUGCCCGCCGCCAGCGUGGGGCUGUUUUUGUGGUAUCAAUCCAGUAGUCCUUGUAUGAUGCAGAUUUGCUCCUUGCCCUUGCUGCUUGUCUUGACGGUGAACAGUUCUAGACCCUUGCGUGUGUCCUUGCUGGUAGCACUAACAUGCCUCCUGGUCUGCCUGCUCCUGGUCUUCUGUGGCUACGUCAUACUGUACUACAAGACUAGGCACUCUGGGAUAUGGAGAGGAUGCUUCUCCCGGGCUAAGGGAACAUUCCUGAUCCAUUACCUGCUCUUAUUCCUGUCCUGCUGCCCGGCGCUUGUGCUUGUGAUUGAGCUCCUACUGUACACAGGCAAUGGUAUUGAUCUGAGGACGGAUCUCUGGGUGUCUCUAGUCAUAUGCAACAUCCUGGUGGUGCUACCCAAAACUCUGUGCCCCUACAUGUAUGGACUGAGGUACAGGGACUUAUCCAAAGCUGUCCUGGCAUUCUACAGGCUAAAAUGGCCAAGCCCAGCAGUGUCCCCACUUACAUAG